AUGGAGGCUGUGCAAACAGACAUUAAGCGCCUAACACUGAAGGAGCGCGAGGAGCUGGAAAUUAGCGUGGCCAGUGCACAAAAAUGCCAGCCUGGAAGGCAAGGAAACCCCAUUACCAUCAAGACAAACUUUGUCGAGGUCAAAAAGAUGCCAAGUGGCAUGGUCUACCACUAUGACAUUGAUAUCAGUCCCACUGUCCCUCCGCGUCUUAAUAGAGAUAUUUUCAGCGCACUAGAGUUGAAGCACGGGCAUGCUGAGUUUGAGGGCGUCAGAAUGGUUUUCGAUGGCCGCGCAAACGUAUUUGCCGCAAAGAAGCUCUCCAAAAAUGCAUAUACUUUCGAUGUGACACUUGGGGAGGAGGGAGCAGGCUCUGAGCGCAAACAGAGACAACCUCGUGUGUUUACGGUGAAAAUGAGAAAAGUAGCCGCCAUAUCUAUGGAUCUACUGCGCUCUUUUUUGGACGGACAGCUUUCUUACACACCAUAUGAGGCUCUGCAGGUCCUAGAGGUGGUUAUUAGACAUGCUCCAUCUGUCACAAAUUUGGUCAACAUCGGGCGUUCAUUCUACUCGCCCACAAAUACUUGCCAACUUUCGGGUCCCGUCGAUGCAUGGCUUGGGUACUAUCAGGCGCUCAAACCAACCCCAGGUCGCCUACUAUUGAACAUCGAUACGUCGGCCACGUGCUUUUACCGCCCCGGCUCGCUUUUAGAACUGCUAUCAAGCGUGCUAUCGGGUCAGGGCGGCCCUCAGCCUCACCAUCGAGCAGCACCCCUUUCACAAGGAGUCGGAAUAAGAAUUCCACCAUCGCUUUCAGAAGGCGAAAGAUCAAAAUUUGAAAAGGCUCUCAAAGGACUUCGUGUACAAACGAAUCACAAUCCCAAGCUGCGCCGCAAAUACCGCGUUCUGGGCAUUUCCAAAGAAUCUGCAGACCGAAUCCGGUUUGAAGGUUCAGAUGGCCGCACGCUAAGCGUCGCAGACUACUUUUCUUCCCAAUACAGCCUUCGCCUACGGCAUCCGGGACUUCCCUGUGUCAAGUCCGGAAGCAACGAGAGGCAGCUUUACCUGCCGCUCGAGGUGUGCGAAAUAGCGCCGGCACAGCGGUAUAUGAAAAAGCUAAGUGAAGAGCAAACGGCGGAUAUGAUCAAGAUAACAUGUCAAAAGCCGCAUCUUCGUCUAGAAAAGUGCGCUGCAGGCAUCAAGGAAAUGAGGCUUACACAAAACCCGAUCUUGGAUGAUUUUAGCUUUGCCAUUUCGACCGAUUUUGUCAAGGCAGAUGCACGCCAACUUGCGCCGCCAAAAAUUUUCUAUGCAAAAAGCAGCAGGGUUUCUGAAGUCCACCCGGAAGAAGGAGCAUGGAACUUGCGGGACAAGAAAAUGUAUGUAGGGGCCAAGCUCAAGUCUUGGGCUGUUCUUGUGCUUUCUUCUCGCAUUCAGAAAGGAGAAGUGGAGGGCUUUAUCUGCGAGAUUGUGAGCACAGCCUGCGACAUGGGAUUGGAGGUAACCAAUCGGAACCCGCCGAUUAUGUCGGGACAUCCAGACCUUCCAGGAAUCGAAAGGCUGUUGCGACAAGCCUAUUCUGCAGGCGCAGGCGAUAAAGGCGGUACCGCAGAUUUGGUAAUCGUCAUUUUGCCAACAAAGGACACCAUGCUGUAUGGCGAAAUCAAGCGCAUCACAGAUUGCAUCAUUGGCCGUCCUUCGCAGUGUAUUGUGGGCAAAAACGUGGCACGCCCCAACAAACAAUAUUGUGCUAACGUGAUACUCAAAAUCAAUGCGAAGCUAGGGGGCAUCAACUCUACGUUGGGAAACCAGUUGCCGUAUGUUAGCGACGUGCCGACCAUUGUGUUUGGGGCAGAUGUGACACAUCCUGGCCCGGGAUCUUCCUCUAUGCGCUCAGUUGCAUCGGUGGUGGCUUCUUUGGACAUUGCACUUUCCAGAUAUGUGUCGCACGCACGUGUUCAGUCUGGACGGCAGGAGGUCAUUUCCGACCUGCAGGAGAUAGUGAAAAGCCAUCUGAUAACUUUUUACAAGUCCAAUCGCUCUGUUAAACCUCAACGCUUGUUGUUCUAUCGAGAUGGAGUGGGUGAGGGGCAGUUCUCCCACGUGCUUAACGUCGAGGUGACUGCAAUCAAAAAGGCGUAUGCCGAACUGGAGGCCAACUAUUCCCCAAAGCUUACAUACAUUGUGGUGCAGAAGCGUCACCAUGUUCGUUUCUUCCCCAUUGAUCGCUCUAAUGCCGAUCGCUCUGGAAAUUGCAUGCCCGGGACUGUCGUUGACACAAAAAUUACGCACCCCAUCUAUCGAGACUUUUACCUGCUGUCGCAUAGCGGCAUUCAAGGCACCUCUCGUCCCGCGCACUAUCAUGUCCUUAUCGAUGAAAAUAAUAUGAGCUCGGAUGAUUUGCAAGCGCUAAGUUACAGGCUUUGCUAUACAUACGCAAGAUGCACGCGUUCUGUAAGCAUUUCGUCCCCGGCAUACUAUGCUCAUUUGGUCGCUUUUCGUUCAAGAUUCCAUUUUAAGAGCGACGAUACGCUCAGCAUCUCAUCUGUUUCUUCAGAUCCAUUGCAGGGCAUGUUUACAGGCGUUGUUCCGGAAAUGGAACAUACCAUGUACUUUUGCUAA